AUGGGAAGUGAGCAUUACUGCCUGAGGUGGAACAAUCAUCAGAGCAACCUCCUCGGCGUCUUUAGUCAGUUGUUGAGAGACGAAAGCCUAGUCGACGUCACUCUGGCCUGCUCGGAGGGCCACUCGAUCAGAGCUCACAAGGUAGUGCUGUCCGCUUGCUCUUCCUAUUUCCAGACGCUGUUCGUCGACCACCCCAGCAGGCAUCCCAUUGUUAUCCUUAAGGACGUGCGGUUUUCAGAGCUCAGGACACUUAUUGAGUUUAUGUACAAAGGCGAAGUUAACGUCGAAUAUUGUCAGUUGUCAGCGUUACUUAAAACAGCCGAAAGUCUUAAAGUUAAAGGUCUCGCCGAAAUGACUCGAGAAUACAAACCACUCCCAGAACAAACCGAACCAAAAGAACUCACUACGAAGCGUUCACUCAGCCACAACCAGUCCCGACCUAUUACACCAGAUGAGCUAGAGGACUCACAAAACUCACCAUCCUCCGUACAAAAUCUUCGAAUAUGUAAAUCUCCUUCAGAAAGAGAUAGAGAGCGCGAGAGGGAGCGAGAACGGGACAAUCGCGAUCGAGAUAGGGAGAAAGACAGAGAGGUAGAAAAAGAAGAAAAAUUGUCUCCUUCAGGGGAGAGUAACUCCCUACCUGUUUCUAAUGAUUUCGGUGCUAGUGAUAUGAGCAUACACAAUAGUAAUAAUUUGGUAGCAACUUGUUCCUCGCUCGUUUUACCGGGUCCCUUGUGCAAUAGAUUGUCACCGUCUAUUAAUCAUGAACCCAUACCUGGUCCCUCGAAUUUGCCUCCAGUCCAACAAGUGCCUCUGAGUCUAAAAAAAGAAGUUGAUUGGGGAGGAGGAGAAGAUAAAAAGCCUCCCAUUGAAAGUCCGUCAGAAUUUUCACGGAUCCAAGAUUCGGUAAGUCUAUAUUUUAUCUUUAUGCUAUCAGUAAAUUUAUUUAAAUAA